CGCGAGCGCGGCCUUGUGAUUGGCGAGAAGGGCAGGGGGCGGGCUCGGCCCUGGCGCAGGCGCGCUGGCCUGGCGCGGCGGUCCCGGGGGUCUCUUGGGCUGGUGCUGCGGGGACUGCGCCUGGCACCAGCGUGUCCCUGUGCCAGGGUGUCAUGGAAGGGCUGCUGACAAGAUGCAGAGCACUGGCCGCCUGCAGCCGCCAGCUCUCUGGGUCCAUUCCCCGCAGGUUUCACCACUGUGCCCCAGGGAGAGGGAAGCGCUUGGUGCUCUCCCGCAUGUUCCAGCCACAGAACCUUCGAGAAGACCAGGUGCCCUCCCUGGAGGGUGGAUCUGGCGACCUGACCUGUAAGAGCCAGCGGCUCAUGCUGCAGGUGGGCCUCAUCCACCCAGCAAGCCCCGGCUGUUACCACCUCCUGCCGUACACUGUCCGUGCCCUGGAGAAGCUUGUGCGAGUGAUAGACCAGGAGAUGCGGGCCAUCGGGGGCCAGAAGGUCAGCAUGCCUAGCCUCAGCCCGGCAGAGCUCUGGCGAGCCACCAACCGCUGGGACUUGAUGGGCAAGGAGCUGCUGAGACUUAGGGACAGACACGGCAAGGAAUACUGCUUAGGACCAACUCACGAGGAAGCCGUUACAGCCCUGGUCGCCUCCCAGAAGACACUGUCCUACAAGCAGCUUCCCUUCCUGCUGUACCAGGUGACGAGGAAGUUUCGGGAUGAGCCCAGGCCCCGCUUUGGUCUUCUCCGCGGACGAGAGUUCUACAUGAAAGACAUGUACACCUUCGACUCCUCCCCAGAGGCCGCCCGGCAGACCUACGGCCUGGUGUGUGAUGCCUACAGCAGCCUGUUUGCCAGGCUGGGGCUGCCGUGUGUCAAAGUCCAGGCCGGCGUGGGCAGCAUCGGGGGCACGAUGUCGCACGAGUUCCAGCUGCCAGCGGAUGUUGGAGAGGACCAGUUUGCAGUCUGCCCCAGCUGCAGCUUCUCGGCCAACGUGGAGACACUAAACUUGUCACAGACAAACUGCCCUGCUUGCCAGGGACCGCUGACGGAAACCAAAGGCAUUGAGGUGGGGCACACGUUUUACCUGGGCACCAAGUACUCUUCCGUUUUCAAUGCCCAGUUUACCAACGUCCACGGCAAGCCAUCCCUGGCUGAAAUGGGGUGCUAUGGCUUGGGUGUGACCCGGAUCUUGGCUGCUGCCAUUGAAGUUCUCUCUACAGAAUACUGCCUUCGCUGGCCCGGCCUCCUGGCCCCUUACCAAGUCUGCCUCAUCCCCCCCAAGAAGGGCAGUAAGGAGGAGGUGGCCACAGAGCUCGCGGGGCACCUGUACGACCACAUCACAGAGGCGGUGCCGCAGCUUCGCGGGGAGGUCCUGCUGGACGACAGGACUCAUCUGACCAUUGGAAACAGACUGAAAGACGCCAACAAAUUUGGCUACCCCUUCGUGAUCAUCGCUGGCAAGAGGGCCCUGGAGGCCCCUGCACAUUAUGAGGUUUGGUGCCAGAACACUGGAGAGGUGGUCUUCCUCACCAAAGAAGGGGUCGUGGGAUUGCUGAGCCAAGUGCAGGUUGUCUGAACCCGGGCCUGUCUCACAGCCGUGCCGUCCAUUCCAACACCGUCUCUUCCUGCACUCCUUUCCCGGGCUGGUCUCCCCAGAAAUGGGGCGGCCCAGGGAAGGUGAGACCGUGUUAUGUUUAUGUUUAUAUUCCAUUGUGGAAGCUGCUUUUAGGAGGCAGAGAGGCAAGAAGGAGCCGAGUUCUCAUCGUGGCCCUUAGGCAAGUUGCCUUUCUCGUCUCAGUUGAGUCCUGGCUGAUGGCCGAGGCCCUCCGGCUCUGGCUAUUCAGCCAUGCGCCUCUUGCUGCAUUCGGUCUGGAGAGCAGGCCCACCAGCCCUCCUUCACUUGGUCAUGUCCUGCCCCUGCUGGGGCCUCAGUUUCCCCAUCUGUGAUGUGGGAAAAUGGAACUAGAUCUAUAAAGUUUAAUGGCUGUCACUGGCGGGUUCCACAAGAGGUUGGUGGCUGGCAGACCUGGUUCCUCUGCUCCUCCAUAGUCUAAGCUACACAGAAGGUUAGUAUAAUUAGCUAAUGGCCCAGAAACACCUCUGGACACCUGGCUCUGUUGAGGCAGCCGAGCACUGAGACUGGUCUGUGGAUUGAGUAGAGUCGGCCUAUGGGGUGAGCCUUGCACGUCUGAUUGUAACGUGGUGCCAGCCGCCGUUUCAGCAGUGCGGCAGCUUCCCACCUUGAGACUUUUUUCUUCGGUUUCUACACUCAAAAAAAAAAAAAAUUGGGUGGCUGGGAAAAUGUUUUAAACCAUUUCUUCUCACAAAUAUCAGGGAUAGCAGGCUUCACGUGCCACUGUGACCUUGUCCCAGGGGCAGAGCUGGAUCCUGGAGCCACAACAGGGGUGCAUAUUAAGGUCUUUGCCUGAAUUCUCUGGAAGAUGGAGCAGACCCGAGCUGCCCCGGCAGUGCCACCCGCUUUCGUUGCUCCUGCUCACCAGCUCACCCGCUCGGUGUCUCGGCACGCCCGAAUCUAACAGGAAUCUGUCAAGGCCAAGCUCAAGGCCGGUGCCUGCUGAAGACAUGCUGGUGGCCCCUGGAAGUGGUUUUCCCUCUGCCCCAGCACUUCGGUCCAGCACUGACAGCAUCCUUGCUGGGUGCACACCGCUCACCGUUAGCGACCAGCCUCUUGUAGUUGGUGGUCAGCUCCCUGAGGCCAGGGUCCUGGCUGGUUCCUAGCCCACUGCAGUUCUCUCGUCUUGGCCACUUGUUCCACCUGCCAGCUUCCCAGCAGCCUGUUAGUGCUAGAGGGCCCUCACCCCCACGCUCACACAUGAGGUUACCAAGUGAAUGUGCGUGACCAGGCCUUAGUGGCUCCAGGCCUGCCAUUGGAGCUCUUGGCCCAGCAUCCAGGCCAGAAGAUGUGGAUUCUGAGAGCCGACCCAAGAAGGAGAGAUUGUAAAGCAGGGGGUCGUACCCUUGGCUGCACAUUGGAAUCCCCUGGGUCCCACCAGAGGUUGUGCUCUGGGCUGUGGCCUGGGCGUUGGGCACAGUGAAGCUCCCCGGGGGAUCCUAACGCACAGAGUGGAUCGAGAGCUCCCGGUGGACAGGGAGCGCCUUCUCUGAGGCCACUUUGUAGCUGAGCGUUUCUCUGGGUAAUUUCGGUUGUACAUUAUCAGACGGAUAUGAGCUCUCUGCUUGUAAUGGCCUCGCCGUCAUCUGUUGAGGACUGCCCUGUGCCACUGUGCCGUGAGGCACUUUUAUGUACCGUUUUCAGACCUUAAAACCGCAAGGUAGGUGCACCUAUUCUCAUGUUACAGCUGAGGAAACCUGAAGCUCCGUUGAAGCAACUUACCCAAGCCGUAGGUGUCAGAGCUGGAAUCCAACUGUUGACCAAAACCUGUGCCCUUCCCACUGCACGGCACGGCCCCUGCCUGGGCAAAAGUGAUUGCAGUAAAUAAAACUGAGUUAGUUUGUCUGUCUCAUCAAAUUAGCCUACAGUAGGUGAGAAAUUAGAGUUUGUGUGGAUGACUGCUUUAAGUUGUUUUUUUUUUAUUUUAAAUUUGUGCUCCAUAAGCUUCCUUACUUUUGGAAGGCUAGCCUAAUGUAAGCACUUUAAAAAGCCAGAUUCCAGGAAUAGAGAACCAAUUAAUUUUAAACUCUUCGUAAAUGUGUGAGUUAUAGAAUGAUUGAGGACGUUGUGGAAUCGUGGAACUUAGAUCAGAGGAGAACUCGGAGCCCGCCUGUCCAGCCCUCCUUUCACACGUGGGAAGCGGGCCUGGAGUGGGAAUUAACCUGCCGCAUACCAUCUGAUUGGCAAAAGGCCUGACUGCAGGCCAGGUGCCACGUCCCCUAAAUCGGGCCACCUCCCGUCGAUCUUGUUGCGUUGAGAGGUCUGGCUGGAUCAGCCUUUGAGCUACAAAGCCUUAUAGGUGUGAAGCAGGUACCCAUCCUCUUUUUUGCAAUAAAUAGACAAAUACAGGGAGUACAGUGAUUUGCCCAAGGUCAAGCUGAACUGCAACCAAGGUGUCCCAGCUGCUAAGCCAAUGUUUCUUCUAGAAGCCGAGGGCGCUGUGAUUCAGUGGAGGAUCAGAACCGUGAAGAGACAUAAUCCUAGAUCCACCACUUACCAGGGAUGUGACCUUAGACAAAUUACUUGCCCUUUGUGUGUCUCAGAUUCUUCAUCUCUACGAUGCACACGUGGCAAUGGCACCACCUCCCAUCCUUGUCCUGGGGUCGCUGAGCCUGCUUAUAUGAAGCGCUUAACCUUAGUGUGCUCUCAGGAAUCACCUCCUUCAUGCCAGACGGCUUAGGAAGUGCGCCCAUCGGAGCUCAGGUUCUGCUGGUAACUUGAUCUCCAGACUCGGAUCUUCUGUUCUCAAUAUGGUGCUUUUACCUUCCUGGGGAAUGCCAUCAGCAAGAAGUAAGUAACGCCUGUGGGAUGGCUCCACCUCCUUAGGGAGAGACAGAAAUAUUCGAACUGCGUACCUUACUCUUUCCUUCCUAACUUGCCAAUGUUACCUCUUGCCAUAAAUUGAUGAAAUGGGGAUGCUGGCAAAAUAACAGGUACAAGCAGGUACAGGCUGUAUUAUCAUUGCUCAUUCCUUGGGGAGGUCUGGAACCAACCAGCUGGGAAAUAUUUAGCAGAAUAAAUACUUGGGGACAAAGGCUGCUGCAUAACAAAACCAUUGUGUAAAUCUCACUUAGAAUGUAAAUUGAGGGCUCCAUUAAUAUUCUGUGUUUUAAUGGAAGAAACACCUGCUGGGCCAUCAAUAAAGGAGCUUUGCAGAGA